GCGUCAGUUUCGAUUGGAACCCCACCUCAGAAUAUUACCGUUCAACUUGACACCGGCUCGACCGACUUAUGGGUCAAGUCCCCCAGCAUCCCUCAGUGUGAAGCCGGCAAUUGCACUUUGGGCACAUACGAUUCCUCGAGCUCCUCAACUUUCAACAACCUCAGCGAAGCCUUCUUAGUCCAAUAUGGAGACUACACCUACGGGCAGGGUACUUACGCUACCGAAACGGUGGUCAUCGGCAAUGACACAAUCACAAAUGUCACGUUUGGAUAUGCCACAGCUGCAAACUCAAGCGAGAGUUUGAUGGGGGUUGGUCUCGAAGGAACAGAGGGUUCAGCUACGUUUACGUACCCUACUAUCGUGGAGGACCUGUACAACCAAAGCCUUAUCGAAAGAAAAUUCUUCAGCCUUUAUUUGAACGACUUCGACUCCGGCGUAGGUGAGAUUAUCUUUGGAGGAGUCGACAACGACAAAUUCGAAGGCGACCUUAGCGGACCUUUCCCAAUCCUCGCAAACCCGGCUACUGGGCAGGUGGAACGUUAUGUGAUCCCGCUCACAACCUUAUCCCUCACUAUCAACGGCUCUGCUUCGAAUGUCACAGGCUUACCUCUUGACGUCUUACUCGACAGUGGCGGGCAAUACUGCCAGUUUCCCCCGGACCUCGUCGACUAUGUGGCUACUGCCCUUGGUUUGAAUUCUUCUGAAGAGGCAGGCGGCAUGUACUUCUGCCCCUGCGAUCUCUCUGUUCCCAGCAGCGAUGACACAACGGAUAAUGUGCUUUCCUUUUCUUUUGACAACGGCACAAGUUUCGUCAAUGUUCCCUUUCAUGAGUUGAUUGUACCCGCUGCUGAUAAUGACGGGGCUCCGCUUGUGGACGAGAACGGAAAUCCAGUAUGCCAAUUGGGUUUGACGUAUGGAGGCAGCACCGAUUACUCAGCCUCCUACAUUCUCGGCGAUCCCUUCUUGCGCUCUGCAUACGUUGCCUACGACAUUGACAACCUCAACAUAUAUGUUGGACAAACAGUCUUCAACUCGACUACCAGCAACAUUACGGUGUUUCCUGUGUAG